UUCAUCUCUCUGUUUGUACGUACUGUUCUGCUGCCCACGCCAAACACAAUGCAGGCAAGAGCGCGCCAACACCUCGCUGCCAUCUCUUCUUCUCUCCGCUGAAAAACCCUAAAACUCCAAAGCUCCCCCUCCCCCCUCUCCGCCGGAACCGCAAGCCGCUCUCGUGCUUCCGCUCGUCACAAAAAGUUAAGAUCGAAGAUCCUUUGCAUCGGGUUGGUAUGGAAGGGCAGAGUAGCCUCACCAACACCAUACAAAUGCUGUCAAUGGGUUUCUGUGGGAAUGCUGCGGAUGAUAUCUCUGAGGCACUGGGAUACAAUCUGAACCAACAGGUUAUGAUGGAGGCUGGAAGGACUGCGGAUCAAACUGAUGUUCUUUCUUUACCUUGGUGGAUUCAACCCGAAAAGCCAUCCCACAAUUACGUUGAGUAUCUAGCUGAGAGUUCAGCAUUUGUCCCAAAGUCUCCUUGUGAAGAUAUGUGGGAAAGCAUUCCUUCAUCUGUUGUUAGCAUACAUGAUGUUGGCAGGGUCUCUGAAUUCCAACGAGAUGGGUUGUACAGUGGUCUGGGCAAUGCUUGUGGUUCUAAAUCAACUGAUUUCUCUAGGGAUAUGGACUCUUCAAAGAUGAAACUUCUGAGCCUACAUAAUGACGAACUUGUGAAUACACAACAUCAGCUUCCCAUGCAGUAUCAUACUUCAAGGACAGAUAAUCCAAAUUGGGAUAGCUAUGAUAGUGUUUCUCAAGUUGAUCCAAGAGCAACAAUUGACACACCUGGUUCUCUUUGCCAACCACAUCACAUUGUUUCGAAGCAGAGAACAUUUUCAUCUGAAUAUAAUCGCAGGAUGCGAAUCGGUGAAAGGCUCAGUGCAUUGCAAGAACUGCUUCCAGAACCUGCAGAGGGUCGUCAAGUAUGUGUACUGGAUGAUGUAAUUGACCAGAUCAAGUUUUUGAAGCUUCAGAUAAAGGACUUAAGUAGAAGCAGAUUGGGAGGUGAACCGAUUGCUGAACCUAUUAUUUUCCGUGAGGGAUAUGGUCACUACUUUUGCCACCAGCAGAUGCUGAAUGAACCUCUCGAAGAAAUGAUCGGAAAUUUACUGGAGGUAGAUGUACUGGCAGCAAGCGAGCUGUUGGAGAAGAAAGGUCUUUUGCUGCUGCCAAUGGAAUACUCCGAAGAUUCAGCUUGAGUUUGUUAGAUAGAUACUUUGCACACUACAUAAAUAUCAUGUUUAAUGUUGCUCUUUUGUUGAAUUUCAUAAGAUUUCAUUAAAAUACGAAUUGUGACUUGCUGCACAAGUUUCUC